CGCCGCUCGCGGGAUAACAGAUUCAAACGAGCCGCGGAGAGAAGGGCGGUCGUUAAAGCCGGACGCCGAGCCGUUCGGCUCCGUCGAAUGACAUGCGGCCCCGGCGCGCCGCGUCGUUGGCGGCUUUGGGUGUGUGAGUGAGUGAGUGAGAGAGAGAGGAGAGCUCGAGCUCUUCGCGGUGGACGGCGCUCACCCCCUCCCUCCCCUCCCCCCCCCCCCCCCCCCCCCCCCCGGACAGCCAGGGUUCAACCGGUAAAUCGUGGAGCGGGGCCGGGGAAGAGGUGUGGAAGCCGGGAGCCGGCGCUGGCAGCUGUGGCCGAGGCGCCCGCCCGCGCCCCCCCCGACAUGGGGCUUUUGUUCUCCAGGUUUCGGAGCUUCUUUUGUAACCAAGAACAUAAAGUUAUAAUAGUUGGCCUGGACAAUGCAGGAAAGACUACCAUCCUUUAUCAAUUUUUGAUGAAUGAAGUUGUUCACACGUCGCCUACCAUUGGAAGCAAUGUAGAGGAGAUAGUGGUUAAAAAUACACAUUUCCUUAUGUGGGACAUUGGUGGACAGGAUUCCCUACGUUCAUCAUGGAAUACUUAUUACACCAAUACUGAGUUUAUAAUCCUGGUGGUGGAUAGCACUGACAGAGAGAGAUUGUCAGUCACCAAAGAGGAACUCUACAGAAUGCUGGCUCAUGAGGACCUAAGGAAUGCAGCUGUGCUGAUAUUUGCCAACAAACAGGACAAGAAGCGUUGCAUGUCAGCAGCUGAAAUCUCCAAAUACCUCACUCUAAGUUCUAUUAAAGAUCAUCAAUGGCACAUUCAAGCUUGCUGUGCACUCACAGGAGAAGGAUUGUGCCAAGGUCUGGAAUGGAUGACAUCUAGAGUUGGAGUAAGAUAAAAGCUUUCACUCUGAAAAUAUAAAGCCACCUGUGAUUGAAUUUUACUUGUACAGUUGCAAAUGUCCAGCAAAAAUGUAAUUAUGUUAACAUGAAUUAAAAGCAACACUUGUUUUAUAUAACACCAAUUAAAUUAAUGUUGUCAGUCAGGUUUAUACACCAUAGAUUCAGUAUUUGGUAUUCAUUCCACCCAAUGUUACCAAGGACCUGCUUACUUAACGCGUCUUAAUUGUCCUCUUCUUUGUGUACACUUGAAUAACAGUUCUGCAUUUUGGGUCAUAUUUCAUUAUUGCAUAUUAAUAAGUUUAAGCUAUAAGUAUUGGGACUGUAUUUGGCAGUAUUUUGGUGUAAAUGUGCUUGUACCACUAAAGACUUCAGAGAAAGGAUGUGAAACAAGUAUUCUCGUGACUACUCCCAAGUUACACAACUCGGCAGGUAACAAACCAAAUGUAUACUUCAUUUUUCAGGCCCUGACCUCUGUAACGUGUUAUGAUAUAUGUGAGGGACAUUUUUGGUGUGUCACUUACUUUUGCAAUCUUAAUAAAUGGUUUGUGGCUAGCCGAGCCUUAACCACUUGUUUUCUGAAACAGCUUUAAUGUAAAGAAAUUACCAACAUUGGUAUGAUGUUUUAGAAUUCACACCACCAGCAGCAGAUCAGUAUAGUUUAAAAAGAAUUGUCCCUUUUUAGGAUUAAAUGGGCUAGGGACAAAAUAUUAUUUCCAUUGAACCAAUUAUGUACUCAAAAGUAUUAUCAGUUCUGUCAACUGUUAGCGAGCAGUAUUGAUCAUCUAUGCACAUAAAUCUAUAUGUGCCUGAGAAACUGACAUUGCCCCUUUUUCAGCCAGGAAACGUUUAACUGCAGGGAAAGAAAACAGAGGAUUUCUCUUAUUUUGCAAACUGAGGUAAUGAAAGCUUCAUUAAUAUCUUUACAUAACUGCUCAGCUUUGCAACAAAAUACAGCAUUAAUUCUUCAUGGCUAAUUUCUAACAAUUUGCAAUAUCAGUUGGUCUGAACAAUUGGUAAUUUCCACAUUGAUGACAGACUGUUUCAAUUACAGUUAUCAUACUCCAUUGGACUUGAAAUGAUUGGGGCUGAAUAUAUUGUAUGUGGAUGUCAAGAUCAUGACAUUUCUGUUUGAAGAGCAUUAUGGAAAUUUUUGUUUUGCACUUUGGUAUGCUUUAAAAUAGAAGACUGGGUCUUGAUUAACAUGUUCUGCACUUCAGUUUGCAUUUGUUGUAAAAAGUUCAACAGUGUUACCACCAUUCUGUACAGUGUAGUAUAAAUUACCACCAAGAUAUUUCAUCAAAGCUUCUCCUGACAUAGGAUUCAGGGUCAUUGGAUGUGACACAAAGCUCGUAUUCUUUAGCAAGAGUGUGUGUGAUCUUUUAGCUAUGUUAAGCAAGUUUCUUGAAUGUUUGGAAUGAGAGUUUUAAAACUUUUGUAUAUUUUUAUCUGUCAGACUUCUGUUAGAUUUUUUUCCUAUAAAUUAUUUUUAAACCAUGUAUGUUUACAAUUUUGUUAGGAGGAACAUUUUGCCUUAUUAAAAGUAUUCAUUAAAAGAAAUGUUGGAUGUUGCUCUAGCUGAGCACAUUCAGUUUACCUCCUAUUAAACCGUGGUGCAUUAACAUUUGUAUUUUAUUUGCAAGUCAAGUUUUUGUGAGCCACUGUUAUGUAAUGUUUGGUUCAAACAAAUAAAACAUUCUAAACAAA